AUGGGUACCGGUGCAUCCAAGAACCCCGACGGCGGCUCCCAUGGCAGCGAGGAGAGAGAGGACCAUGCCGGCGGCCAGCUCUACGUCUCUCUCAAGAUGGAAAACUAUAAUCUCAAGGGGGAGCUCAUUCCCCACGUCUAUGGUUCCGCGCCACUCGUCGGGUCCUGGGACCAAUCCAAAGCCCUCUCGAUGGAAAGGGAAUCGACAUCUAUCUGGGAAUUGAGUUUUGUUGUUCCACCUAACCACGAGACGUUAGAUUUCAAGUUCCUGUUAAAGCCCAAGCAUAGUAACUCUCCAUGUGUAGUGGAGGAGGGUCCGAACAGGCAAUUGACUCGGGGUACGUUGCGUGGGGGUAGAAGCUGUGCUCUGUUUAAGUUGAGUGGCGAUGUUCUCGAGUAUGGAGUGGUGAUUAAAGCAGAUAGGGUCUCGCCUUUUGACCUUGCUGCUAGUUGGAGAGCGUAUCAGGAGAAUUUCCGGCCUUCCACUGUUCGUGGGAUACCGGACAUCAGUAUAAAUUCAGCUGUUAAAGCCGCUAAUGAGAAUGAAUCGUCGCCAAGUUUGGAGCUUGAUCUUGAGCACUACGUUGUCCCAGCUCCAUCAACAUCUGCAAAUUCAGGUCAUGUUUAUGCGGCUAACCUGACGGAAACUCCUAGGUCACUGAGUCGUGUAGGGGUAUUUUCAAGGACUGAUGGCUCUAGUGGUACAUUACAUUUCCAGAGAGAUACUGGUGUUUCUGUUGAUCAACCUGAUAAACAAGAAACUCACAGAGGACUCUUUGUGGAUCGGGGGGUUGGAUCUCCCAGACCUAUGAAAUCGGCUAGUGCAUCAAUGUUCACUGUUGAUCCCAAACUUGUUUCGGAGGCAAAGAACUCUAUGCCAGCAGCUGCAGGGGCUGUUGCAGCUGGUGCUGUAGCUGACCAGAUGCUCGGACCAAAGGAGGAUAGACAUCUGGCAAUUGUAUUGGUCGGAUUGCCUGCACGCGGCAAAACCUUCACAGCUGCUAAACUUACUAGGUAUCUUCGUUGGUUAGGUCAUGACACCAAACACUUCAAUGUUGGAAAGUAUCGUAGACUAAAGCUUGGAGUUAAUCAGUCAGCUGAUUUUUUCCGUGGUGACAACUCUGAAGGCAUAGAAGCACGGAAUGAGGUAGCAGCACUUGCAAUGGAGGAUAUGAUAUCUUGGAUGCAAGAGGGUGGGCAGGUUGGGAUAUUUGAUGCUACAAACAGUACCAGAAGUAGGAGGAAUAUGCUUAUGAGAAUGGCUGAAGGCAAAUGCAAGAUCAUCUUUUUAGAGACAAUAUGCAAUGAUCGGAAAAUAAUUGAAAGAAAUAUACGUCUGAAGGUUCAGCAAAGCCCAGACUAUGCUGAAGAGCCAGAUUUUGAAGCAGGUUAUCAAGACUUUAAAGUCAGACUGGAAAAUUACGAAAAGGUUUAUGAACCUGUGGAAGAAGGUUCUUAUAUCAAAAUGAUUGAUAUGGUCAGCGGGCACGGUGGACAGAUACAGGUGAACAACAUUAGUGGGUACCUUCCUGGACGGAUUGUGUUCUUCCUGGUAAAUACACAUCUGACUCCUCGCCCAAUUUUGCUGACAAGGCACGGAGAGAGCCGAGACAAUGUCAGAGGUCGAAUUGGUGGCGACAGUGUGAUAAGUGACUCUGGUGAGCUUUAUGCGAAGAAACUUGCAAAUUUUGUUGAAAAACGUCUGAAGAACGAAAAAGCUGCUUCUAUAUGGACCAGCACAUUGCAGAGAACAAUUUUAACAGCAAGUCCAAUAGUUGGAUUUCCAAAGAUUCAAUGGCGUGCACUUGAUGAAAUUAAUGCUGGUGUAUGCGAUGGGAUGACGUAUGAAGAAAUAAAGAAAAAUAUGCCAGAGGAAUAUGAAUCUCGUAAAAAGGACAAAUUAAGGUACAGAUAUCCUCGCGGAGAAUCAUACCUUGAUGUUAUACAAAGGCUAGAGCCUGUGAUUAUUGAGCUUGAACGGCAAAGAGCUCCUGUUGUCGUGAUAUCUCACCAGGCUGUGUUGAGGGCUUUGUAUGCGUAUUUUGCGGAUCGGCCUUUGAAUGAGAUUCCUCACCUAGAGAUGCCGCUUCACACGAUAAUAGAGAUUCAAAUGGGGGUAACCGGCGUCCAGGAGAAACGAUACAAGCUCAUGUGA